CACCUCGUAUCCACACCAGCCAUCGCUCAUCUAUCACUGAACAUGACUUCGAUAUGAUCUGCUUUCCUCUUGCUGAUUCCUUCCAUGAAUCUCCCGCCGUGCUGCUCUCGCCGGCUGCUCUCCCUCAAGGGGUCCCGCAUCCCCUCUCUUCAUCGCCGAGCGGUCAUCACCUGUGACCUUGCCGGGUCCCAGCCGAGCUGCAGCCGAACCCUCAGCUCACAGAUAGAGGCGUACCCCAGGAAGCAUGGUCGUCCUACCCUCCCGCGACUGUCUCUGGACUUCGUACUCCCCUUUGGACCGUCUAAGGACAGCCGAUCACCUCUAGACUCCUCGCCUCGGCAGAGGGCCCAUGUCAUCUCGCGGCUCCUCUCUCUACUCGAGCGACCAGUCUCGGUUGCUGAUGAGGUGUUUGCAGCCUACUCCGAAGUGCUCUCUCUGCCUAGGGGAGAGACUCUGCUUUCGCCCCAGGAGGUUGGUCUAGUCAUCGACAAAUUGAUCACACCGAAGCGCAGGGUGGGGAUCGCUACGAGGACCGCCUUUGAACGAGUGACACUAGUCCUCGAAGGCGUCAGUAGGGCUAGAGAGACACUGUUGCGAUCUUCGUCCCGAUCGCACGAGGCAGCUGAGUGGGAAUCGCUUCUGCGAAGUACCAGGCUGCAGAAUGAUAUGGUCAGAUUGAUCAGAGACAGCCAUAGGACGCGAGGGACAGAUGAGCUCCAUCAGGUCCUCGACGUCUUGCGCAAGAGCUUCCAGUGGGAGGAAGGGUCGACAGAGCUGGAUCAGGCUGGCACUGAUCGCAACGCUCAUACAAGCAGAAGAAGGCUAGCUGCUCGGCAUCGUAAUACUGCGUCUACGGACAGGGUCAGACACAACAUGGUACUAGAGCUCAUCUCGCGCAUCGCACAGCAGCCCACCCUUCGGAAUGUCGGACGCAACAGCGACCAGACGCUCGCCAAUAAGACGAUCACAUCGCGUCUGGUGCAGGAGCUACCUCUGAAAAGACUCGUGACGUCUACAUUGUCGAGACAGGAAACAAGCAAUUCUCUCGAAGACAUGAGUCAACUCUACUACGCCCUCUGGAAUGACAUGAACGCUUUUGAUGACCUAUCCCCUGAUGCGUUUGCCUGGUCCACACGUCUGCGCUUGGAAGGCAAAAUCAUGCUUCAGGAGCUCUUUGCUGCGCUCAGCGACUUUCCAAAGGGACGUACCGUGAGGUCGCUCGACGAGGUGUGGGACAAGAGUCUUGCCUUCAGAGGAUGGACCAGCAUUCAAGCCUCGCUGAAGGAAGCGCUCUCUACAGGUGCUCUGCAUUCGAGUCAUGUACAUCAGGUACUUUGGCUGUUCUGCCAUGCUCGACUGGCGGUGAAAAAAGUCACUGCAAAGGGUGGCGAUGACGUCCUCUCGGCUGUGAUGACUCGUUUCCUUGGCUUCGACGCAGACGCAGUCGACGCCGUCUCGGAGCUGUACGAGACGCUGAGGUGGAACGAAGUGCAACUGGAGAUGGGCAAGCUCCGCCUGUCACGAUCCAGCGACGAGAGCAAGUCUAUCCCCCCAUCGCCUGUCAACUCGAUGUUUUCGGGUGGGAGGAAUGGGGUCGGCGAGACUACCAAAGACACCUGCAGUGGUCCCAUAGCCACGCUCCUCGGCAUUCCCGUCCCGGAUCAAAUGGUGACUACCGACAUCACUUUCAGCAUGCUCAUCAGGUAUUAUGCCGCCAUUGAAGGCGACUACGACAAGGGCUUCGAGGUGUUAGAAGACUUCAAGCAGGCCGGGCAAGAAGUAGUGGAGCCAUCUUCCGCGAAUUCUUCCUCGACGUCAGCUCCUCGCCAGCUACCCAUGGCCAUCCUCGACUCCUUCUUCCGAGCUUUUGCAGUGCACGGCGUCGCCUCAGAGGAGAGCGAGGAGGGGCAGUGGGACAUCGCUGACGCACCCUCACCAGCCGCCUCGACAGCUGUGCCCGUCUCGGGCUGGAGGCUGGAGAAUCUUCUCCCGUUCCUCGACGCUCUGCUCCAUCGCACCGCCCCGAAGCUGCAGGCCAGGCAGAUAGAGCAAGAAAAGUACGAGCGCGUCUCCUCGAUGCUUUCUCUUGGACCUACAGAGGAAGGAGAGGACGAGGCACUUCGUGACCUCCUCUUCCCCACUUCAAUCUCGACAUCAACCUCUGCCUCGUCCUCCAGCAAUCGCACCGACGGGAGUGCAGCCACUUCAUAUAGUGCUCAGAUCCAAACGCAAGCUCCCACCCCACGACAACUUUUCACGGUACUGACUGCACUGCGCCGUUGCACGGGGGAUGCGCGUCCCGAUGUCGUGCUGCGCUACUGGCGUGCACUACAGGCAAAGUAUGGCUUUCCUCUUGAGCAAGGGGCGCAAACUCAGCCUCAGCCUCAGCCGCGGGUGCAGGUGCAGCAGGGUGAUGUAGAGGUUGGAGUAGCAGGACGAGGGGGAGUAGUAAGAGAAGGAGGAGAGGCAGAAGUAGAGACAGGGGCAGGAGCAAGGAGGUUGGCGCAGGCGACGAUCAGGGCAGCAGGCGAAGCAGGUCUUACGACAGAGCAGGUAGCAGCCAGGCAGCAGCAGCAGCAGCAGCAGGAUGCGGAGCAUGGAGCUCAACGUGAGCACGAUCGUCAGCAAGAUCGCACACAAGAGGGCCGGGACGAGGGCGAGGGCAAAGGCGAGGACCAUCGCUUGCACAAUCGAGGUGCGGAAGAGGAUUCCGACCUCGGUGCUCACAGAGUGGAGCGGGUGAAUGGGCAAGGUUGGACUGGCUGGAGGAUGGACAACCGAUUGAAGCGGUUGAUUCCCUUUUUGGAGGGGCAGGAGAUCAAGAUGCGUCGUGAGAGGGGGGAAGAGGGUGAGGAGUGAGAGAGAUAGGGCGAGGGCGAGGGCGAGGAGCGAGAGGAGGAGGAAAAGAUGGUGCAGUACAGGCAUUGCAGUGAUCUUUCUCCCUUGAGCGCUCCAAUGCA